UGUAGUUGUGUUUAUAAGCCAAACAGUUACUAAACAAACAAAAGAGCUUCAGAUAUGAACAAUGACGAAACUGAGGGCUUUAUAAAAGUGUUAUAGAUCAUUAUAAGCUAUUAUAGCACUAAUGUAGUUGUGUUUAUAAGCCAAACAGAUACUAAACAAACAAAAGAGCUUCAGAUAUGAACAGUGAUGAAACUGAGGGUUUUAUAAGAGUGUUAUAGAUCAUUAUAAGCUCUUAUAGCACUAGUUUAGUUGUGUUUAUAAGCCAAACAGAUACUAAACAAACAAGAGCUUCAGAUAUGAAUUAUUUAUUUAUUUAUUUAGUUAUUUCGCCUCGUUUUAUCAGAUAAACGCCUCUUAUUCGCCUGGAUGUCGUGAUUUAAGGCCGCAUUAGGUCCUGGGGACGAGUGGCUAAUCUCUUAAACCAAGUUAUCCGUGCGAGGCUGGAGUUGUUUUCCCUUUAUGUUCGAAUUUUCCCGUUCCACCUUAAAUCGCGCCGCAGUAAUUACAACGCCUCGGACGCCAGACGCUCACUGCUGCGGCAUUUAAGGUGUAACGGGAAAAUUCGAGAAAGACUUCAGCCUCGUGUUUCUGUCGCUGUAAGCCACGUAUGUGGAAAAGGCGAAGGCCGCUGCUGUGAAGUGAGGCAGUUUAAAGCGUUUGCACGCGUUUUUUGAUGCUUAAUUAGUGCGAAACUGGCUAAAAUGACCGUUUCUCUGUAGAAAUGUGGCCUCGGUAGGUUCUACAGAGCCUCUAAGGUGACAGGGCUGUUACUUUUUUAAAAUAAAACCACAAAGGAAUAUAUUGAGGCCACGAGUUGAGUUUGGCAGAACUGGAGGCUCAGUAUAGUUAAUCGUGGUCUCAGUUUGGUCAUUUGUGGCCUUAGUAUAGUAAUUUGUGAUCUCAGUAUAGCCAAUCUUGCCCUAAAUGUACUGAAUUGUGUACUCAGUGUAGUAAUUUGUGGCCUCAAGUAAAUAUCCCGGUCUAAUGAUGGGAAAACCUAGAUCUAGUAGUGUAGAACUGAGCUGUAACCACUGACUGACUGUGAUCAGAUUUAGCGGUGGUGUUUAAUCAGACAUGUGAGUCAGAGGGCAUGACGUGCUUUGGGGGUCUCCUUCGCCCAGUUUACCCCAUGAUGCCCCGUCAGUGCUGGCGCCAGGUGUGGGCCUGUCUCUACUAACGGCCCCGACGCCCUGUGGGAGGAUAUAUAUGCUUAGAUAACGAACUGACUUGGUUACAUAAGCGGCCAACGAGGACACGCCCAAAGUAAUAUCCCACGCAGCCCAAAUAACCUGUGUGCUUCUUUCCAAAGGUCGGAUUCCACGAUGGCGUCGGAAAUUGAAUUCCUCCGAGAUCAAGUGAACCGGCUGAGUUCGGCGCUCGGGCGGUACCAGGAUUCUCCCGGCAACUUGGUUCCGCAGGCUGAAGAUGUGGCGGCUGAAUCUACGACCCCAUGGCUCACAGACCGAGGUAUCGUGGCUCCUCUGAUUGCGGAGUACGACCGACACAUGCAGCAGAUGGAGGCUCAGCUCAAACACUACCAGAGGCAGAUGGUGGAUGUCAAGGCCAGUCUGGAGCAGGUGGUCCGAGAGAACGAGCGCCUCCAUGCGGAGCAGAGGGUCUCUGUAGAAAGGCAGCUGCAGGCUCUCCCUGUGGGAGUGGAGGGGGAUGCUGCCACGGAUGCGGUUGCCGUUAGCAACCUGGAAGAGCAGGUCAAGUGUGCUGUUGAGGAGAAAGAGCGAGCUCUGCAGAUGUGGCAGGCGGCUGCGCAGGAGCUGGACCGACUGCAGAAACUCUACCAGAGCACCAUGAGAGACGGACAGAUCCACACAGCCGAGCGGCAGCAGGCUCAGAAUCAGCUGGCGCAGGUCCAGCAGCAAGCCCAGAAACUGCAGGCAGCCAAUCAGACCUUAGAAUCAACCAAUCAGCAGUUCCUGAAGACGAUCGCAGAGCAGAGCAGUGAACUGGAGGAGCUCCGCGCUCAGCUCAGGCAAGCGAAGCAGGAUCUGAGAACCGCCACGGCGAAAGUGGACGAGAUGACCAGACUCAUGCAGAACGUUCAGGACCAGAUGCAGAGGAAGGAGGAGGAUGCAGUAGAGGCUCAUGGGAGAGAGGAAGCAUCUGAUCGAAGACUGCAGCAGUUACAGACCGCACUCAGCCUGUUAGAGGGCAGGCUGAAGGGGGCGACAGCAGAGGCAGAGACGGUACGGAGGGAGCAGGCAUUGUGGGAAAGGAAGCUGGGGGAGCUGCAGAGCCGCUGUGCGACUUUAGAGGAGGAAAAAUUUGAAACUUUCCAACGACUCCGAAACUCACUGCAGCUCGCAGAGGAGGCGUCCCUACAGAGAGACCAGGCCCAGCUGAGGGAGAAGCAGAGGGUGGAGGAGUUGGAGAGAAUGAAGGAAGGGAUGAAGCAACUGGUGGAGGAAGCAGCUGCUCGUACCAGGAGAGAGGUGGAGACGGUCCGUAAACAGUGUAACACUCAGAUUCAUCGCCUUACUGAAGAACUGUCUGCUCUACAGCUGGAAUGUGCAGAUAAAGAGACUCAGAUAGAGAGGGCACACAGAGAGAGGAAAGCUGUUGAAGAGGAACUGGAGAAGGUGUACAGAGAAGGUCGCUGUGGAGAGCCGGAGCUCAGGAAGCUGGAGGCUCUGCAUCAGAGAUGCUUAAACGCAGAGAGACUGAAGGAGGAAAUGGAGCUCACGCUGCACAGCACACAGUCCAACAUGAAGAAACUGGAGAUGGAAUUCAGUGAGGAGCUGUCACGGUGUCAAGAGGAGGUGCGCAGGCUGCAGGUGGCGCUGGCGAGCGCGCGGGAGGAGAGCAGCAGCAUCAGCGAGGACCGGCUCAGCCUGCAGCAGGAGAACCAGCAACUACAGCGAGACAUGGAGACACUCCGGAAAGAGUGCGCGCUGGUUCAGAGGCAGGCCAAGCAGCAGGUGUCCCGUAUGCAGCAGGAGCUCAGUGUGAAGGAGCAGGGUUUGGAGACCAGGCUGAGGGAGAUGGAGGAGAGCAGUAAGAUCUCCACGGCGGGACUGAGCCGCCUGCUGCUCGCCCAGCAGAAAACCACCAACCGCUACAGAGAGGAAACCAAACAACUCACCAACACCUUCCACAGCUCGCUCAGCUCGCUCAGAUCAGAGCUGAACAAGCAGAAGCAGCGCUGCCAGGAACUGGAGAUUCAGCUGGAAACUCACCAUGAGAAAGUCCUGGAGCAUGAGCGGCAGGUCGCGGAGCAGCAGGAGAAGAAUGCUCGCCUGCAGAGGCGUCUGACUCAGGCUGAGCAGAAAGCUUCCAGUGCAUCUCAUCAGCUGAGUGUGAUGUCCCACAGAAGAAAAGCUGCUUCCAUGAUGGACCUGGAGACACUAUCGUAAAUUAGUCGACCACUUCACCAAUUAUCAUUAAUUACUGUUUAAGAUUUUCUACGAUUUUUCAAAGCAGCUGUUUUUAAAACUGCACGGUGAAAUAUACUGAAAAGUGUUUCUUUAACACUGAUGCGUGAGGAAUAGCUGAAGGCUCUUUUCAAAAGCUCUCAGUAUGGCAACUGAAAAACUACACUUACAGUUUCCUUUUUAUCUGGAGAUUGUUGUGGACAUCAGCAGGCCUCUGGUAGAGCGCCAGCAAACAUUAGGAACUUUGACAGUAGUAAUACUUGAACUGCAAGUUAAAAAGAACCUCAUAAAGAUAAGAUAAAGAUAUUGGAUGUUUAUUAUAAUGUGCAUGAGAUUGAUGAAUUUUCGGAUGAAAUUUGAAUAUUUUGGACAAAAUAAAUCAUACAGAAGCAUUUUCUGA